UUGAAUUGACCUGUCCCGCAUACAGGGACAAUCUGCGUGACUGUAUACUUGAUGACGAAGAGCACUGGCACACUUGCAGGACAGUGAGCGAUGGAUUUGAUUUUAAGGCGUUUACGCAAGCUCUGGUACAUUCCCCUUGUUAUGGGAUCAGUGGUGUUCCUAAUACUCUUCAUUGGAACUCAGACCAAGGGUUGGUCCCCUCGCUACCCAAUCCAUACAAACAGUAUUCCAGCUUCUGAGGAGAAACCGUUGAAUAUCCAUCCCAUGCAGAAUUCAUCAAGGAAGCAGCCAAAGAUUCCAGCUUUUGUGGCAGUAUCAACUGCAGCAGCAGCAGAAUAUCGGAGGACAACAUCGGUGACGUCACCAAAGCAUGCGCAGGGUGAUCCCAUAUCUAAAGAGAUGGCGCCAAUGGUCCCAAAAAAGGUUGUUGUUGUACAAAAGCUUUGGACACCACCAGAAAACUUCGAUACCAAAGUUAAUACUGCAAAUGAUUCAUCCAUAGCGUUUGUUUUGAACAACGAAAUGCGUUGUCAGGGUGAACUGUCAAAAUAUCUAAGCCUGUUCAUAUACGUUGAGAGUGCUGUUGACGACUUUGAUCGGCGCCGUACGUGGCGCUCAAAGUUGUCCUUCUUUCAAACGGCCGGAGACAACAAAGUGACCUUUAUGUUUAUAGUUGCACUGCCAAAGGAUAACCUCACUCAAGCAAAAGUAGUGAUCGAGAGCAAGUUACACGGAGACAUUUUACAGCUGAAUUAUACAGACGUUUACACCGCUCUUGUGUUAAAAACUGUUGGCGGGAUGAAGUGGGCGAUAAAAUACUGCGCGAAUGCGCAGUUUAUACUUAAAACCGACGUAGACGUUUUCGUAAAUGUUCAUUCUAUAUUUGACUAUUUGAAUGACUUGAAGCACGUCGAAAAGGAGUUCUUGUACGGGGGUUAUGUCCAAUGGUUGGUUGCACCUGUGCGAAAGGGGAAAGGAGGACCCCAGAAAUGGGCCGUCUCAGAGGCAGAGUACCCAUACGCAAACUAUCCUUCUUACGCACUAGGGUUUGGAAUACUUAUGUCAAAGAAAAGCGUAGUACGUUUCUUAGCUGGUGCACCUUAUGUGAAGUAUUUCGUAUUCGAAGAUGUGUACAUUGGCAUGUUAGCCAAUGCUACAAAUGUGACUGCCACUGCGAUACCAGGGUUCGUUCCACACGACGGAAGUAAGAUUGCUAAGAAGUUCGACUUCUGCAGCUCGAAAGCCCAUAACGUUGUACAUAACUUCCAGACGCCGAAACAGUUUGCAUUUUUUUGGGAUAACUUUGAGAGGUUCAUGAGAUAUGGUUAUAAGUGCUAGAUCUUGGUGAACUGAACACAUCAUUCUGUUUGUGCUCAUGAAAGUUGUUGGUACAUCCAAGAAGAUGGACAUAUUACGAGGCAGAGUGGGUGAUUUCAAAGUUGGUUUUGAUGGUUUUAGUGUUGGGUGUAAGUGUCAGUUUUAUUCUUAAUUCCUACCCCUAAAAACCUAUGUCUGGAUAAGACCAAUUCGAGGUUUUAGUUUAACACCAACACCUGGUUUUAUCUAAACACCUAAAACCUGGGCUGAAACUAAGAAGAGGUUUUAUUCUGCAGGUGAAACUAACACCAAGAUGGACAGAGAUAAAACCUUGGAAAAACCAACAUGCAUGUUGUUGUCGUUGUUACUGUUGUUUCCCUAUUGUAACCGCUUCCGAUCUAUAUAAAUUUGUUCGUCUUCACGUCCAUCAUCAUUCCCAUCAGCGUUCAAAAUACCAGCAACUACUUCUUGAAAUGGUAUGAACAACAUGAUUUAUUUUUUUUAACACCAACACCAACUUUGAAAUCCACUCGGUGUUAAUGCCUAAGGUGUUAGUUUUAUUGGUAAUACAAAAUGCACUACAAAUCUUCCAAAUAUAACACCGAGCUGGGAUUAAGAUCAGACCUUGGUGUUCCAAUUGGUUUCAGUGUGAAACUAAAACCUAAUUUGAAAUAGGAUAAUGCUAAAACUGAGUGUCAAAACUAACACCAGAACUGAUUUCAUUUCUGGUGUUGUGGAGAGUUUUAGUUUUAGCCCCGGUGUUAGUUUUUGACACUAAAACCAUCCCUUAGUUUUAAGCUCAAACCGGACAUAAUGCUAAAACCAACAAACACCGACUUUGAAAUAGGAUGAAACUAAAACCCAAUUCAUUUCAAUGCUGGUUUAAUCAAGGGUUUUAGUGUUCCAUUUAGUUUUAAAACUAAAUCUAAAAACUGACUUUGAAAUCACCCAUUAUAUAAGAUGGGCCUACCAAUGCCAAUAUGUGCAAAUGCUCACUGCGACUUUUCCCGAGACAUCUCAUUCUCGUUCUCCUAUAAAAAUGAUUUUGUUACAACGGUUACUAAAAUGAAACGAUCCUGUUUGGUUUUGAGGUGUAGACUAAUAAAACCCAAACUUCAAAGAAAUCCGACCAGCAGUUCGCCCUCCAGAGCCCCAAACGUACGGGCAUAACAUUUACGAAUGGACUAUAGUCGGGAUGAACACAUGAACAUGAGUCAAAAAUAUGUGAUUCUAUUUAUUGCAU